AUGGGAUUGUAUAAUAAUAACUUGUCAUUUAAUCUUCUAAGAGUUAUUGCUCAGAGUAAAGGCCCUAGAACUCGUUACCAAGUCAAAAAAGAGCAAGAAUUUGCCAAAGAAGUCAAACUCGCACAAAGAAACAAAUUCAGUUAUGAUGUAGAAUUGAAAUGUCAGGAACUAUCUUCAUUAAUGAUAGAAGAGGUUGAUGUAUCGAUCAGAAGGAAAUGUUUUGUUGAAUGGUCUAAAGUAUUUGAGAAAUAUCUUGAAGCUCAAGAUAUAUAUGAAAAGUAUUGCACAGAUGAAGAGAUCUUGCAAGACAGAACAAGAGCACAGACAAAAGAUUAUUGCAGUAAGUUUAAAGAAAAGUUACAGAAUUGGAUUUCACAAGAUGAAGUACAGAAUGAAUCAGAGAUCAGACCUGAAGAUAGUGUAUCCCAGAGAAGAAGUAGAAGUAGUAGGUCUAUUCAUUCUGUCAGUUCUUCUGUUAAAGAUCAGAUUACUAAAGCCCAGCUGGAAGUCCAGUCUGAAAUACUGAAGGAGAGACAUGUAGUACAACAGAAGAAAUUAGAAUUGAAAUUUCAAGAAGAGCAAUUAAAUCUUCGAGAGAAAAUAGCUGAAGUUUAA